AUGCGCCUUACUCUAGGGAAAGGUGCGACGGUCGUUUAUAGGGCCAGGGCCGGAGCCUGUGCCACUAGACGGCAUGGUGUUAGAAACCUCCGGAUCAAGGCGGCGCCGUUGGGAGAACUGACUGUUGUCAAUGGAGUGAAUCUACCCAUCUCGAGCACACCUAGCAGUGCUUCUUCGGCUGAUGCCAAAUUCCACGUUGUCGGCACCCCAUAUUCAAUGCUCUCAGUUUCUUUAUCCGCAUCGCAGAACCUGUAUACUCGACGAGGCACAUUGGUAGGAUUAAGCGGGAAAGCAGACAAUGUGAUAUCGACAUUGAGCGUCCUCGAGCCCUUGCGUAGGGCGGUCUUCGGAAUUCCAUUCCUCUAUCAGAAAAUAUCGUCUCCUAGUCCGAUCAAAGCUUUGGUCUCAGUUCAGUCACCCGUUACGUCUUUUGCUGUGGUACACCUGGAUGGAACAGUGGAUUGGAUGAUAGUCCAAAGACGAGCAUUGCUUGCAUGGACAGGACACUCGUUGAACAUCAAGCCCAGAAUCAACAGACACUUGAGCGUAACGAACUGGGGUAGCUCCGAGGUUACAGGACGAGGCCUUUUGGCUCUCGUUGGCAGAGGUCAAGUAUACUCGAUUGAACUGAAGGCUGGAGAACAAUAUAUCGCUCAUCCAAGCAAUGUUGUCGCAUACACAUUAGCAUCCAUGCCGCCUCAACCGUAUCGUUUCAAGUCAACCACAUUACGCUUCCAAAUUCCAGGCUUAGACAUUCCUGAACUACUACUCAAGUCACGAUACAUCCGUGACUUCACGGCUUCUGACACAUGGAAGGCUUCUAUGAGGAUAUUCCAUAAUGUUCGCACAUGGGCACGAAGGACAAUAUGGGGUGAUAGGCUCUUUCUCCGAUUCGAGGGCCCCGCCACUCUCCUCGUCCAGUCUCGCGGAGCCCGUGUACGCGAUAUUAUGAGCGAUAGGGAAGUCAACGAAAUCGCCGACACACCUGCCGGCACCACAUUCAACGCCAUCAACAAACUCACCGGUGUCACAAAAGAAGAUAAAAGCGACUAUCAGCGCGCUGCUGAAGAGGCCGUAUCACAAGCACCGGUGCCGUCCAGAACAGUUGAAGGAUUAACACAAGAACUCAAGGGUGUGAGUCAGGCUAUUGCCAUUAUUCGCGAUGGUAGGGUUGAGUUCGAGACGUUCAAGUCACAGAAUGAUGAUGCUAGGAAGUAA